AUGACAGAAGGGCAUCAUGCAGUGUUGCCUGAAAAUGAACCAGCACAAUCUGAACAGCAGGUUUCUAGAAGAGUGCCGAAUUGGAAUAUAGUGAAUUUGCGAGUGCAACAACGACUGUUCCAUAUAUGUAAAGAAGCCAAGAGAACUGCAAAAAAAGCUCGAACUGCUGCCAUACAAAAACUGGUUAAAAUGCUGCGAACUAUCAAGACCAAAUCCGAGAGCAAUGAUGAUGUGCCCGAACCAGUAAAACUCGCCCGAUCAAGAGAAUCGAAAAAACUCGAUUCACAACUGAAUGCCUUGAAAUGCUCUUCCAUCGAUCAAAUCGCUUACCGAUGUAUCGUGGAGGGAAUUGAACAGAGUCAACUUCCAGACAAACAGCAUAUAAUUGGACUCGAUCCCAAUCUUUCUGAAGUGCUUGCAGAUAAAAAGGUGGAAUGGACACCCGCUGAUCGCCGCGUAUCUUCGUCAAAAAUAAUGGUGAAUGCAGUUUCUGGGUACGUUUCUGACCUACAUGCGUUGAUAUAUGGAAAAAGAUACAUCAAAAAUCAGGCCAAAAAUAAAACUGUGCUUUCCAAGGAGAAACUCGAUGCAAUGAACAAGGCAAAACGUAUACGUAAUCCAAACGAAACAAUGAACAAGGAGAGGCAAAAGGCGAUUCAGGAAACGGCUACGCUUGAAUCUGAACGAAAUGCUAUCAAAGGCAAUAUAAAUUUGGAAAACGUGGCUUCAAAUAAUCAUGACAUCAGCCUGGAGAGCAGUGACUUUGGCGAUGAAAAGUCUUUUCAAGAUGACGAUUUUGAUGAUCAUAUGAGUCUAGAUGAUUGUAUUGGCAGCGAUAGCGAUAAAGAAAGCGAAAAAGAUGUCCAAACUCUUCGUGCCAUUGCAAACUCGGCUUCUUCAGCAACAACUAAAUUAGCAAGCGUAGAUUUACAGUCAUCAUCAAAACGGCCCAUCAAACUUUCUGUCCCAGCGUCUGUACCAUCUCGUCGCAAGCUAACAUCAGCACAGCGGAUCACCGAUUUUAUUCCAAUCGCCACUGCUGGUGAAUUAAAAAGUGUGUUUGUAGAAAAUCUAGGCGGUUCAGUUAGCGAUGUAUCUCUAUCUGAUGAUGAAUUUGAAGGCAACGAGUUUGACGAUAAUGGAAACAGAGUCAAGACAACUAGGAAAUCCAAUCGUAUGGGUCAGCGUGCUCGACGAGAGCUAUGGGAGAAACAGUAUGGUAGUGAUGCUAAGCAUGUCAAAAAGCAAAUUGAGCAAGACAAGUUGUCAGUCAAACACAAACAAGGCAAACAUGCCAACGGUGUAGCUCAUAGAUCUCAACGAAACGGUGAUUCAGCAACCGAUCGACCUGCUGCAUCAAAACAAAAGGAAGACCUAUCAUCCUUGCAUCCGUCAUGGCAAGCCAAGCGCAAAACUACCAUUGCCAUCACCGAGUUUAAAGGAUCGCGUAUCACGUUUGAUGAUGAAGGUAGUGUGAAUACACCAGUUUCUGAAUCCAACAAACCAUCAGUUAAAAGCCACUCCAACCAGGCAACUGCUAAAAAAGAAAAACCUGCUGCGCCUGCCGAACAACUCCACCCAUCAUGGGAAGCAAAGCGACGGGCAAAGGAAAUGGAAGCAAAAUUAAAGGCUUCAAGUAAACCUACAAAGAUUAAAUUUGAUGAUUGA